UGCAUUUUCGCGGCAAAAUUAACAUUCGCUGUUAACCAGCUAAAACCCUACCAUUUCCGAGAGUUGGGAAUCUCGGUCACCAUGGUCACCAAGCUCUUCCUCAGACCUCACUCUCUCUCCUUCACACUUCUCUCUGGAAUCCACUUGUUCCCGAAGACCUCUCUCUCUAAACCUAUUACUCUCUGUCUCCUCUCCACCACCGCAACCACCCCAAUCCUGACCUUAACCCAGACACUAGACCCGAACCUCUCCUAUGGGCCGUCUCUCCACAAAGGCACAAAACCAUUAAAUCACCAAAAUCACCAAUUAAUUGCAGCAACUCCAGGAGAAGAAGAGUGUGUUUUUGAUAAAGAAGCCUUCACUAGGGUUUUCAACCUUACAGCCAUUAGAGUACCUUCAAAGGACUGUUUCGCCCUCGAAAACCGCCUCCGAGGGCACCUUCUGAACUGGCCUCGAAUCCGGAACGUUGCUAGAGUUCCAGGGGAUGAGGUGGAAGAUGGGCUGGUGAAAUUGUUGGGAGAGAAAAGGAAUAGUAGUGACGGGAGUGAGAGUGAAGGGGAUUUUGAUUCACUGAAUAGGAGAAUUUACGGGAAAGCGGAAGGAGAUGGCGAAAUCUUGAGUCCAGUUUUGUACAGGGAUACGCUUGCCAAGACAUUUGAUUCCCAGGGUUUUGCGAAUUUUAGGAAUCUUGCAAAGUUGUCUAGGCCAAAGAAGAAGAAGAGGAGGAAGGAGGAGGAGAGGAGUGAGGGGAAGAAACGCACUGGGAAGAAUGAGUUUGCAAUGGUGGAAGUGGUUGAAGACGGGGAGGAGGGGGAAGAUUUGAGAGGGUUGCUGGGGGAGGAAUUUAAAAGGAAGAGGUGGAGAGGCUCAACAAGGUUGUUGCUUCUGGAUGAGCGGUAUGCGGAUAAAGGCGUGGAAGAGUUGCCCGAGGCAAUUAAGGCAGUGUUAAAAGAAGAUACUGGCCAAAGCAUGACAUCAACUUUUGAGCUUGUGAAAUGCAAGCUGACCUUGUUUUAUAAUUACUGGCAGAUGAAUGAGAUCUUAGAGGCCUUGCUGCCUGAAGGUAUGAUUGUUCCUUCAGCCUUUGAAAUGGUUGGGCAUAUUGCACACCUGAACCUCAGAGAUGAGCAUCUACCAUACAAGAAGCUCAUUGCAAAGGUAGUUUUGGAUAAAAACAAGCCAAAGAUACAAACAGUUGUCAAUAAGACUGAUGCCAUCCACAAUGACUACAGAACAAUGCAGCUUGAGGUUUUGGCUGGAAACCGUUCCCUUGUGACUACAGUAAUUGAGAAUGGAAUGCGUUUUCAGGUUGAUUUAGCAACAGUGUAUUGGAAUUCAAGGCUUGCAACUGAAAGACAAAGGCUCCUGAACUGCUUUACGCGCAAUGAUGUUGUUUGUGACGUCUUCUCUGGGGUUGGCCCAAUAGCUAUCUCAGCAGCAAAGAAAGUAAAGCGUGUGUAUGCUAAUGACUUAAACCCUUAUGCAAUUGAAUACCUGGAAAGCAAUAGUGUUCUCAACAAACUUGAGAGGAAGAUCAAGGUAUUUAACAUGGAUGGAAGGAGGUUCAUCAAUGCCAUGUUUACUAGUGAUAAGGCUGAGUCUAUCACACAAGUUGUUAUGAAUUUGCCUAAUGAUGCUGCCGAGUUUCUAGAUGCCUUCAGGGGAAUAUUCAGAAAGAAGUCCAGGGAUAAACAACUGAAAUUACCAAUGAUCCAUGUUUAUGGGUUCUCUAAAGCUCAAGAUCCAGAAUUUGAUUUCCAUCAGCGGAUAAGAAUUGCGCUUUCAGAGGUUGCAGUUGAUGUAGAAAUGCACAGGGUUCGACUGGUUGCACCAGGAAAAUGGAUGUUGCGGGCAUCAUUCAUCCUCCCCAAGAGUGUGGUAUUUGCAAAAGCAGUGUUAUAUAUGUAAGUAGAUUAGAUUUAGAAUUAGGGGAAUCAUAAACUAGAGCUUUGUUCCAUAAUCUGGUUUGCCAAUCAAAUUAAUUGACUUCAUUAUUGUUCCUUAUUUUUAUACUUGACAAUUAAA